CUAUUGAGUUAAUUAGUCGCGCCAUCUAAUCACWAUGAACUACAGUCACGACAAUAUUUUAGUCUAUCACGCUUAGGUUAAAAGUCGAUAUCAACACAUCUAGAAACACCUUUGAAUGAAAGUCUUGAAAGAAAACUGAGAACAAAGGACCAAAGAGAAGAACUAAUCGGCCAUGGAGCUGAUAAAUUGCUUUCUACUCGUAAUAAUUGUAUCGUCAAGUGUUGCUGCAGCUUCAGAUUGCGGUAAACUAACGAAUACGUCGAUACUUAGCGGAACAAUCACCAGCCCCCUCGAUACAAGCAACAAGAGCUGUCAAUGGAAUAUCGAACUUCCGCCUAAAUACACGUCGCUCCAGAUACGCAUUCAUGAUCUGAAUCUCAGAAAUUGCACUAAUUGCUCGUGUGACUAUAUCGAGGUGUGGAACUCGCAAACUAAAGACCCUCGACACUGGGUUGGRAAAUUUUGUGGCGAUCUUAAGGAUAAAUAUAUUGAAAUCAAACAAACAAAUCAUUUGCUGGUGGAAUUUGGAUCCAGUUACUGGUCAGGGAUGAAGAGUAAUCACACGUUUCUUUCUUAUCGAGGAUCUGAAGUUCCUGUUUCUCAAACUUCGCCUACAGCUGCAGAUUGUGGUAAAAUAACUAACACAACAAUGGAUUAUGGCACGAUCACAAGUCCUAUCAAUACGACCAACAAGAAAUGUCUGUGGCACAUCCAAGUGUCAGCGAGAAACACAGAAAUCAKUUUAGAUUUCAACGACUUGAAGCUGAUGGAUUGUCCCAACUGCUCAUGUGACUACAUCGAGGUGUGGAGUUCGCGAACUAAAAACCCUCAACAGUGGAUUGGAAAAUUUUGCGGCGAMUUCAGGCAUAAGUAUAUUCAUGCCAAAGGGAAUAAUGCCUUGGUGGAAUUCGGGUCCUCAUCUUAUUCACGAAUGAAGGGCAACCACACGUUUUUGUCUUAUAAAAGCCAGCAGAUAGUCGUUUGCUUUUUCCCAACUUUUUCUGGAUCUCGAUCAAGUGUCUUAGCAGUAACAGCCAUUGGAAUCGUCUUCUCUAUUCUGCUUCUUAUCGGAGCUCUAGGGUGUGGAAUGUACGCCCUUCAGCGCGUAACGGCGAAGCGAGAACGCAGAUCUCGGCGAAGAAGACGUUCACAAUUACAACAAGUGGAUGUCAAUCUUCCACACUUGCCUAAAUUACCAAACUACUUUGAUACUGAUUAUAAUUCAGUUUUGCCGCAAUAUCUUGGGUUCAGGGGUGAAGUGAAUAAAGCAGUCAGYGAGUCACCGCCUCCAUACGACGAACCCCCACCGUAUUCCAUAACAGAGGCAGCAGAGACGGUGGGUGUGGAAACAACUGUACAGAAAGUUACAUCUUAAAGUCAUGCAGGAUACUAGAUUCAUCCUUAAAUGAUGCCUGCACGUGUAAAUAYCACAAGUAGUUGGUCGAGUCACUGAAAUAUUAACAUUGUUUAAUUCUAAUGGUUUUUUAAACCUCGAUAUUGCAUUAAGGAUUUGUUAAAACACUACUGGUCCAAGUAACCAAACGUAUUCCAAUAGUGAUUGACACUAACAUCAAGUGGUGAUCCACUACGAACAAUAGAUGUUUUACAGCCUAGAGACACUACAAGACGAUUAGGUUCAUCUAUAAAACAUGCCUAUAUACAUUGCGUACUGCAGUUUGUGAAAUGCAAAACGGAACAAAGCGAAAAAAAAUUGCAUGCACUUUGAUUGGGAUUUGCUAUCUUUUGUUGCUGUUUUCCACUCCAUAAAACACUAUUGUUGUUUCGUUUCGCAAACAGAUGUAGCCAUAUGAUUUCGUUUCGCAAAUU